AUGCAGUUCUCAGUUUUCGCCAUGGCAGUCAGCAGGAUGGCCGUGACCCCGAGGGCGCUGCAGCUGUCGCCAGGCGUGCUGCCCCAGGCGAAGCGGCCGGCCUGCGGACCGGCCGGCGGCUCCAGGGCCGCCGCGGGAGCCGGCGGCGUCGCGUUCCUGGCCGCGGCGUCGGGCGGCGCGGUUGGCAUGCGCGCCUGGAGGCCUCGGCACAGUACGCUGCGCCGCCUGCAGCUGCAGCGGCGCGGGACCUUCUUCUCGCGCGUGCAGCGCCGCGCCGUCGUGACCGUGGCGAGGCCGGACGAGCUGAAGGGGGCGAAGACCGACGACCACUACAACGUCCCGGCGUCGGUGGUUGAUAAGCUCGGGGCCGACUUGUUGCUUCGGAAGAAGCACCCGAUCGGCGUCCUCUGGCAGGCUAUGCAGGAAUACUUCAAGGCUUCGAACCCCGAGAUGGUGUUCUAUGACCGGGAGGAUCCCAUCGUGAACACGGUGGACAAUUUCGACAAGUUGCGCCUCCCUCCAGGCCACCCAGGGCGGUCACCGUCCGACACCUACUACGUGAACAAGGAUACGGUGCUGCGAACACACACGUCGGCGCACCAGUGCAAACACAUGGCGGAGUUUCCCGAGGUCACGUCCUUCUUGUGCGCUGGUGAUGUGUACCGCCGCGACGAGAUCGAUGCCUCUCACUACCCCGUCUUCCACCAGUGCGAG